GGCGGGCGGAAGUGAGGUCGUGGGCUGCGGUGUCUGCGCAGCGUCGGCGGUAGCCCGGGCCGCGGCCAGGCGAGCGGGGAGGCAGCGCGAGGCCCAGCGGUCGGCCGCCUCUGAGCGUCGUGUGGGCACUGCCCGUCGCCGAGCCACACGCCGUGCCGGCUCGGGCCGGCGCGCGCCGGUCCCGGAGGCGCAGGCCGCGUUCUUGAAAUCAUGAAUCCUGUUUAUAGUCCUGGGUCUUCUGGGGUUCCCUAUGCAAAUGCCAAAGGAAUUGGAUAUCCAGCUGGUUUUCCUGUGGGCUACGCAGCAGCUCCUGCUUAUUCUCCUAACAUGUACCCUGGAGCAAAUCCUACCUUCCAAACAGUGCUGGAGCUUGAACCCAGGGUCUUGCACAUGCUAGGCUACACUCCUGGUACACCUUACAAAGUGUCCUGUUCCCCAACCAGCGGAGCUGUGCCACCAUACUCCUCCUCCCCCAACCCCUACCAGACGGCCGUGUACCCGGUGAGAAGUGCCUACCCCCAGCAGAGUCCGUAUGCCCAGUUGUCUCUGUUUUCCCCACAGCAAGGCACCUACUAUACACAGCCUCUGUAUGCAGCACCCCCUCACGUCAUUCACCACACCACGGUGGUGCAGCCCAAUGGCAUGCCAGCAACUGUCUACCCUGCUCCCAUCCCUCCUCCUCGAGGCAGCGGGGUCACCAUGGGCAUGGUUGCUGGAACCACAAUGGCCAUGUCAGCAGGUACCCUGCUGACUGCUCAUUCUCCAACUCCUGUGGCCCCUCACCCAGUCACUGUCCCCACAUACCGAGCCCCAGGAACACCCACCUACAGCUAUGUGCCCCCUCAGUGGUGAUUACCCUGCAAAUUCAUGUUUGAGGAUGGAGCUGUGCAGUCACUUCAUUGAGUUCCACAGCUGGUGCUGCAGGCCUUGUGCCUCCAACCAGGACUUUCUUCUUAAUGCUCUCGACACUUAGCUAAACACGACUGCGGCCCAGCCCAGCAGGCCCCAGCUCGCUAGUCUCCAGCUAACUCUGGGGGUUGGUUUUAAAGCAAAUCCUGUUUUGUGGACUGCCUGGCACAUUUUGUAGCUAACUGUAAUGAUAAAAAGGGAGUAUCACUCUAUUCUAAUCCUAUCUAGAUGAAUGCAUGUUUAUAAAAACAAACACAGAAACAAAGCUUGCUCAAUCUACCUGCAGUGACUGAUGCAAAACCAUCAUAUGCAAAACCCAGAGGACUGGCCCUGUUCUGCAGCCUGUGUCACUCAUGCGCUGUUGUAGUGUGUGCCCGGUCUCCCAGUUACACGUGUGCACGUGAGUGUCCUCAAGGAGCAUCGAGCACUGGAGGGAUUCUUGGGGUGAUGGGGGUUGCCAGUUAGGGACACAGACUUGUAGUUUUCAGCGACCUGUUUUCUUUUUGGCACUGACGAACCUGGAGGGAGCUGCAGGGACUGGGAGAGUGUGAGUCUCUGGUGGCAGCAGAGCAGCAGCAGGUAUAGUAGGGUCCCCUCCUUCAUUCCAGCUGACGUGUGGUCUGAGAAGCAGGGAUGUACCUGAAGCCUAUCAGGAAAUAGGAGCGCUGGGUGGCCAGUACAGCUGGGGUGAAGGGUGGUCUGUGUGUCAAUAGAGCAGGGUCUCUGCCGGCUGAAUUUCCACUGUGUGUCUACAGGACAAUGUUUGGGUAUCUGUUGGGAAAGUCCAGUGCAGAACUAAACUAUCUUCCUAAGAGGGAAGAUGUCAGAGAGGAGCAGCCACACUGAGGUGUCUUUUGCUCUAUUUCACUUAGGGAAUCAUCCCUUUCUUUCCCCUAGAGAAAUAAUUGAGUCUGCUAAAAACACAUAGGCACUGCUGUAUUCACCCCACAAAGAAGGGCAGAGACUUCAGCUGUGUGCUGUGGAGAAUGUUGUAUAUUUAAGACUGGUUAAAAGGGAAUAAGUGUAUUUUUAAGUUAGUUCCUCGUGUUUGUUGUAGAGAAGCAGGGCUGUGAUUAUGUCUAAAAAUGUAGAAGUAAUGUAGCUUGUCCCAGGGUCAUCAGGUUCACCUGAUGAUGACCUGUCCUCUGUCUAGCUGGGGUGGGGCCUAGAAAGCCUGCAUAAAUGUCCUGUGAGCCUCCUUUGCCAUCUUGUUGUGUGGCUAACGGCACUCAGCACCGAGCACAUGUGGAGAGUGGAAAGGGCCAGGCCGUUUUGGACUGCGCUUGCCUGUCCGGAUCUGUUGUGGGAGAGAUUUUUGAGUGUGUAAUCUGAGCAUGUACAUAAGAAAUCAAGAAGGUUCUUUUUGCCUGUAUAUGCCCAACUUGAAUCUGUGAGAGUUUCUGUUCAGUGAGGGUCAGAAGGGCAAGGCAUGAGGACCACUCUGGAGUCUGUCAAGUGGGGGUGUGUUUUGUUUUUUCCCCAUUGAAGUGCUGGGGUUUUGGUUGGAAGGCUGCUUGUCUCUGGCAGCUAGGUCAGGGCUUCCAUGUUGGUGUGGAGGUUGCCUCAUUAGCCAUCAACUUGGCUAGAGGGUGGGUCAUCUGAACAGUGAGACUUUGGAAACCUUAUUUUUAUAGUAGUGCUCUUCAUAAUUUGUUUUUAGCAUUUUAUUUUUUAAGGAGUUUUGGAAAAUUUCUGCAUGGAUCAGUGUAAACAGAAGAGUUCUCAUUCCUAAUGUCCAUGAACAUAGAAUGUUUAUGGAUGAGUAUGUUUAAUCACCUCAUGAGCACUUAACCGUGUGUGUGUGUGUGUGUGUGUGUGUGUGUGUGUGUGUGUGUAUGUAUGUGUAUGUGUGUGUGUGUAAGUGUGUAACAAGAAAGCACACAGUGCACAGAGACAGAAACAUUUAAUGUAGGCACACAGCUUGUACCUGUACUUCAUGUUGGGAUUCCCACCCUUGUGGAUGGUUUGCAAUGUGGCUGGAUCCAAGGUUUCCCCUGGACCCAAAAGACAGAAGGUGGUUUUUCCAAGUGAAUAAUCACAGAUCAGUGGAACAAAUGUACCCGUGAUUUUUGCAUGUGUUUGAAAAAGUCCCCUCACACACUCCCAACUAAACGUAUCUAUCUUCCUGCCUCUAAAAGGUAGAGUUGUUCGCUUAUGACAGGAAGUUAUCAAGUCUUUGGGUCUGCUUGCAGCUGCACACAGUGUGUGUUUCCACGGGCCCUGAGUUCUCAGGAGAAAGGAAAGUCGGGUGGCAUCCCCUCCUGCUGAUUACAUCAGCUUCACACACUUGCCCUGUAACUGUUAACACAUCAUUCCUUUUCUUUCAAAUUGAAUUGAGUGACUAUCGUACUAUACAACACAUCUGUGUGGAAGUCUUUUCUGUUUUGAAACCGUUAGGACAUCAGCUGUGGAAUUUGCUGGUGAAAGAUCUCAUCUGUCAGGUGAAAAUAACAAACUAUCACAGGUGGUGAUUUCAACAGCAUUCAGUUUCAGUAAAAUUAAGGAACAGAACUUGGGUCAGUAUUCUAUUACACAGCUGCAUAGUUAUCCCAAAAACAUUGAGGAACAUUCCAAGAAAGUGUGCUUUUUAUGUGCUUAACAUUCCCAACUAGAGUCCUUCAGCUGAAUGGUAGUACUGGCAGGCAAAGGACCUGAUAUCUGAACUUGACAUCAUUGUUAAGGAUAGAUAUAUAAUUUUUUAAGUUUAUUCUCUGCUGCCUCCCCUGAGGCUAGGGAUCUUUCUUCCUCUGCUGCUGCUGCUGUUUGCAGUUUAAAGUUGGGUAGAGUUGUUGAGUGUUAAGGAACCUGCGAGCUCCCAGAGAAGUAGGGCCACCAUCAGGAGUGGUUAGUUAGGUGACAGGCUACAUGGAAGAAGUACGCUUCAGAACUUGUCUCCUGUCUUGUGGUCUUCCUUGGAAGACCCAUUGAGUGGCUGUUAGCCCACAGUUAGCACACUGGAGAGCAGCUUGUGCUUGUUGCAGAGGCGGUAUUUCUGGCAGGAGGGAGGCCCUCAGUUCUGGACUGGCAACUGAGUGCCUACCUUUCCUCUGCCGUGCACCGGUGUCCAUUGCAUCUGGUUAUGUUAGCCUGCAGUGCCAGGAGGCUGGAAGAUUGGGUGUUCUUGGGGGCGUGCUACAGUGAGAGGAAACUCAUUGGGGAGGUUUGAGCUCACUGGCCUCUCACUUGGACCUUUGUGAGAGGGCCUGUGCUUGAGAGAGGCUGGCUGGCAUAAGCCUUAACCAUUGGGGCUGCUUCCCAUUUCCUCAGUUUUCCUUUCUGAAUAUUGGAGUACAGUAUUACUGACUGGGCCACCUCCUCUCAUUCAGCAGCUAACUUCUGUAGUUGUGGUAUACCUCUGCUGGAUGCACAGGACCUCCUAGGGCGCACUGGCAAUUGUGGCAGCUGCUGGUCCUUUCCUCUGGUGCUUUCUGAGGGUUGCUGGAGGGCAGGAGUGCAGCUGGCCGAGCAGUGGCAUGCAGAGCCUACGCUCCUGUCCAGCGCACCUCCCAGGUUUGCGUGUUUCCUGAGUUGCUUAUCCUGCCCAGUCUUCUACGUUGAUGGACUGAUAGAUACCCAGAAAGGAUAAUGUGGUUUCUGUAGGAACAGUUAAAAUAAUUCCCCAUGUCUUAGAGGAUUCCUUUCUUCCCUACCCCCUCUUCAUUUGAGAACAGAAAACCUGUGGAAUAAAUCUUACUAGAAUUAUGGGAUGGGAGGUAGCAGCUUUUCUGUCUAGUGACUACAGUAGUUGUACAUGAGAGGUGAGGACCUGAUUGGUAUAGCAGGCAGCUCCCAGGGAAAGGCAGUGAGUGGGUCUGGUGCAGACUGUUGGCAGUGUAAUAGACCGGUUUAGGUCACACUGGGGACUGGUUCCCAGCAGGGCUAGUGUGGCAGCUGGAGUUCCCGAGAGCCUGUUAGGCUGUGACUGAACAGAAAAGGUUCUUCUUUUUUUAAACUUUUAUUUUUAAAUACUCUUUUUUACACUGUUUUCUUGGUACUUUUUUUAUGCCUAAGUCAGCAUUGUCUUCCAGUGUUAAAGGCAUCCCUUGCCUCUUCAUUGAACUUACGUGUCAAUACAAUAGGAAUGGGCAGACUGUCCAUCCCGAGCCAGUUCAAUUAAAUGUAAAUUCAUACUGUUUUAAUUUUUUAUGCAAUCUGAUGAGUAGAUGAGCUCAGAUUUAAAAUCCUUAAAAGCACGUUUAUUGUAACAGGAAUUGUUAUGUAUUAAUACUGCAGUUUUCAAUAAAGAUUGACUUGUGUUGCA